AUCUUUUAAUCAAUGCAACCAAGAGCAAUUAAGGGUCAGAUGGUGAUAGUCUGAGAAGUGAAAUGUAACAGUUACAAUGAUGCACAAAUCAACAGGGCAUUGAAUGCCAAAACCAGAUCAAAUAACUGCCCAAGUAAUUAAAACGAUCAAAAUACCGCACAUUGCGGGAGUAACUGAUAAAUUAGCCAGAUAUUUGGAAAAACAAAACAUCCCAGUCAGAUUUGGCACGGUACAUAAAAUACAGAAAUUAAUAUCUGGUACACCUCCCCCCCUCCAACCCAGCUUAAAUACACGCUCCAAGCUUGGUGGUGUUUCAUUCUUCACCUGAGGACGGCUGCUUGCGUUGUGGCCGAAACGUCGUGAGAAUUUUUUUAUUAUGUUUUAUUUUUUAUAUUUUAUUACUUCCUUUCUACGUGACGACUUUACCGAAAGAACCAAGAAGAUGAAUCCCUGCAGUCACGAAAGCUUUAAAUCGAAAAAUACAAAAGAUGCGUUACCGAAGCUAUCGACAGAAGGCCGCCUUCAGCAAAUUCCCUGGAUCGUCUAUCCGAGCUUGUCAUUGUUCGUGAAAAGAAAAAGGUUGACAUAAUGUCGUACCCACUUACGCUGCACAUCAUUGGAGGCCAAGGUGGAAAUGCGUUCUCGUUUGAUGGGAGGAGCAAUGCGGCCACGCUGCAGAAACUCUCCGUGAGCGUUGGAGGCUGGCAAGUGAGGGGCGUGGAGGUGUGGCUGACUGACGGGCGAAGGCAGACAUUCGGCACCGUGGACUCCUCUGCUCAGCAGUUUGAAUUCCAGUCGGGCGAGUUCAUGUCGCAGCUCUCCCUGUGGGGCAAUGGGGCCGGCACGCGUCUGGGUGCCAUCAAGUUCAGAACGAGCCGCAACCGUGAGUUCUUUGCCAAGAUGACGGACUGGAAGCUCCAGACAGAGUACAAGAUCGACGUGGGCUCCGGCAUCUGCUUGGGUGUUCAGGGCCGAGCGGGGGCUGACAUCGACUCCAUGGGCUUCCUUUUCAUCAAUGCUGUCAAGUCGUCGGUGAUCCAGAACAUGAAGUACCCAACUAUGCACCAGGUUCGACCUAAUGUGCAGAUGGAGGAGAUUAAAGAAAUGGAGUACAUAAACGACACGAGCGUCAUGCAGUCUCACACCUUCGAGAGCUCCAAGAAGAUAACCAAAACGUCAUCGUGGUCUACGACCAACAAGAUCGAGUUCACCUUCAGCCUGACCGUCUCGGCAGGCAUCCCUGAGGUCGUGGAGGUGGAGACCGGGUUCAGCUUCACCGUGAGCUCUGAGACCACGCACGCAUUGGAGAACUCGGAGGAGCGGAUGGAAACUCUCACGUUCCCUGUCUCAGUUCCUCCGCACAAGACCGUCACCGUUGUCGCCAAAAUCGGGCGUGCAAACAUCGACCUCCCGUACACGGCCCUGCUGCGCAUCACCUGCAUGAACGGCGCUCUCUUUGACGUGCCCCUGAGUGGCGUCUACAAGGGGCUCACCUACACCAAAAUGACCGCCCGUGCUACUGAGAAAUAGAGCAGCAUUUUGUACCGUUUUUGAUCAAAUGUUCUGAGAAUAAUUGUG